AUGAAGAGCGACGUUACUGAAGCCAUACUUAACAUUGAAGACAUGCUUGCUAAGGUCUAUCUUCCUUCUCUCUCUUUUAUUGCCGUUGGCGUUAUUGAUUGCGGUAGAAAGAUGAUGAACAACAAUGAUUAUGAUAAUAAUAAUUUGAAUGAAGAAGUCGGUGUUAAUAUUUCCGUUGAAGUUUUUGUUGAUGAACUACCUCAACUUGAUGACGACGACGAUGACGACGAUGAUGACGAUGAUGACUUUGAUAUGAAUGAUGUUCCAAUUCGCUUUGUAGCGGCAAGUGAAGAGUCAAUCGAGAAAUUAGAAAAAGUUUGGGUUAAAGAUAAUCCAAUUUUUUGUUCGAUUUGUUUGGAGGAUGUUUCGGCUGGUUUAGAAGCUACUAAGUUACCAUGCACUCACGCGUAUCAUGAAGAAUGUGUUGUUGAGUGGCUACAAGUUAGUAAAUUUUGUCCAAAUUGUAGAGUCGAGAUAGUUUAA